UUUGCAAACUUUAUUAGAUUAUUUACGUCAGAUUCACUCCAAGUUAAACUCAUAAUAAUAUUUACUGUAAUGAAGUUAGUAGCCAGUUCAGGCUCCACCACAACAUACUCGAAAUUUAAUUUAUUUUUUAGAUUUCUUAGAUAUGACCCACUAUGAUGACGAAAAUAAAAUGUAUGAUAAUGAAAAAUUAAAUUCCGAAGAUGGAUAUUAUCGCAAACGAGAUUCCAGUAGAAUAAAUGACCGUAGAAGGUCGAGCCGUAGAAAAUAUAGUAGCCGCCGUAUGUACCAUUCCUCUAAUUAUAGGCAUAAACGACGCAAACAUUCCAGACAUAAAAGUUAUUCCAGUUCCCCUUCCUACAGUAGAAGUUCAACUCAUAAUACCACUGAACCCAGUGAUUCCAUUCAUCGGAGCCGUAGUAAAAGUAGCAAGGAUUCCUCAGAAAGUGAUACCAGGAGUUAUAGCGAUAGGAACCAUAGAAGAUACUCAGGGAGCUCAAGCCUAGAUCGUCGUCGUUACCGGAACCAUAAUAAAUAUAGCCAUAGGCAUAGAGAUAGAAGCAGAGAUAGGUAUAGAUAUAGAGACAGAAGGUAUAGUAGAAGAUCUCACAGACCAAGUAGAAGAUACUCCCAUAGACGUGAUUACUCAAGAUCUUAUAGAAGAAGAUAUAGACGCAGCUACUCCCCGUCACAUAGGCACAAAUACUCACAUAGAGAUAGGUACAGCCAUAGGCACAGGUAUAGUGGUAGGGAUAAGUAUGCUGACAGAGCCAAGUCACCCACGGAUGAAAUUAUCCAUUUCAAGUGGGACAAGGGUAUGAAUUUAUCAGAGUACGUGGUCUUGAAUAAAGUGAGUGACGGAACAUUCGGUAGAGUGUUAUUAUGUGAAAAGGAAGGCAAACAAUUUGCAGUCAAGGUUGUGAGGGACGUCGACAAAUACACUCAAUCGGCAAAGAUUGAGGCAGAUAUACUUUUGGAUAUAAAGAGCUCGGACGUUAAUUCCGAGAGUCAUUGCGUGGUUUUACAUGACAACUUUAUGUACAGGAACAGAAACAUGUGUUUGGUUUUCGAGAAACUUGGCCCUUCACUAUACGAUUUUUUGGAAAAAAAUGAUUUUAAAGGCUUUUUCAUUUCAGAUAUACAGAACAUGGCCUAUCAGCUUCUGAAGGGACUUUCGUUUCUUAAGAAAAAACGCCUAGUCCACACAGAUAUUAAACCUGAGAAUAUACUGCUAGUAUGUGGAAAAGAUGAUUUCAUAGAAGUACCAUUUCCAAGAUCACAUACUGGGAUGACGACUAAAAGACCAGCUAUGUCAGAUAUUAAACUAAUUGACUUUGGAAGCGCUAUUUAUGAAGAUGAGUAUCACAGCUCAAUUAUUAAUACAAGACAGUACAGAGCACCAGAAGUUAUUCUAGAUAUUGGAUGGAGCUACUCGAGUGAUCUGUGGUCAUUAGGAUGUACACUAAUGGAGUUGUACACAGGACAUUUACUCUUUAGAACACACAGUCACAUGGAACACUUGGCAAUGAUGGAAAAGACUCUCGGGAAAUUCCCAGAAGAAGUUAUAAAUUCUGCUAAAAAUACUCAAGGAAAAAACUACAUUAGUCCAAAUGAACCCAGACUCAACUGGCCUGAAGGCGCAAAAUCAAAAUCAUCAGUUCACAGAGUUGAAGAGUGUAAAACCAUAAUGGAUUUGGUAAAGCCUGAACACAGACUUUUUGGAGAAUUUAUCAGAUAUAUACUAAAUUUAGACUCGAAUAAAAGACCAACACCGGAAGAAGCAAUGCAGCAUGAAUUUUUUACUUUAAAAUUACCAGAAAACUAAACAUUUUUCAAACAAUAAUAUGUUUACAAAUUGA